GGAAGCGCAAGCGAAGCCGGAAGCUGCGAGUACGAGGCGGAGCUGCAGCAAGUUGGGCUGGGCUGGCGCCGGGUGGAGGCUCGGGGCGUGUCCGGGUCAGAAGUCAUGCUUGGCAGGUCCGGCUACCGGGCACUGCCCUUAGGGGAUUUUGACCGUUUCCAGCAGUCGAGCUUCGGUUUUCUGGGUUCGCAAAAGGGUUGCUUGUCCCCAGAGCCGGGCGGCGUGGGGCCGGGGGCCGAUGCACCAGAGAGCUGGCCCUCUUGUCUCUGUCAUGGCCUCAUCAGUUUCCUGGGGUUCUUGGUGCUGCUGCUCACCUUCCCCAUUUCUGGCUGGUUUGCUCUGAAGAUCGUGCCCACCUAUGAGAGGAUGGUUGUGUUUCGACUGGGCCGGAUUCGUACCCCCCAGGGGCCUGGCAUGGUUCUUCUCCUGCCCUUCAUUGACUCCUUCCAGAGGGUGGAUCUGAGGACCCGAGCCUUCAACGUUCCUCCUUGCAAGUUGGCCUCUAAGGAUGGGGCUGUGCUGUCUGUGGGAGCUGAUGUCCAGUUCCGCAUCUGGGACCCAGUGCUGUCCGUGAUGGCCGUGAAGGACCUCAACACCGCCACUCGCAUGACAGCCCACAACGCCAUGACCAAGGCCCUACUCAGGAGGCCACUGCAGGAGAUCCAGAUGGAGAAACUCAAGAUCGGUGACCAGCUCCUGCUGGAGAUCAAUGACGUGACCAGAGCUUGGGGACUGGAGGUGGACCGCGUAGAGCUUGCAGUGGAAGCUGUGCUGCAGCCACCGCAAGACAGCCCAGCUGUGCCCAGCCUGGAAAACACCCUCCAACAGUUGGCUCUCCACUUGCUGGGGGGAAGCAUGAACUCGGUGGCAGUAGGAAGUGUUCCAUCCCCAGAGCCAGUAGACACCUUGGAAAUGAUAAGUGAAGUGGAGUCGCCUGCCUCUCAUGCCGGGGCUGAGGCUGAGCCCAGCCUGAAGCAGCCCGUGGCUGAGGGGCUCCUCACUGCCCUGCAACCCUUCCUGUCCGAGGCGCUGGUCAGCCAGGUUGGGGCCUGCUAUCAGUUCAACGUCAUCUUGCCCAGCGGUACCCAGAGUGUCUACUUCCUGGACCUUAGUACAGGACGAGGCAGAGUGGGACACGGAGUGCCUGAUGGCAUCCCUGACGUGGUGGUGGAGAUGGCGGAGGCAGACCUACAGGCUUUGUUGUGCAGGGAACUUCGGCCCUUGGGGGCCUACAUGAGUGGGCGGCUGAAAGUGAAAGGUGACCUAGCCAUGGUCAUGAAGCUGGAGGCUGUCCUCAAGGCCCUGAAGUAGCAGUGUUGGCUGUCCAUCUGUCUUCUAUCCCUGAACCUGGUGCCAAGCCAGAGAAGCUUCUUGGGAUAGGAGGUGUUGCUUGAGGCCAUCGAAAAUUGAGGCCUGAAGAGGUUUCAGGCCCAACCAGGAGCGCAGGAGGCCCAGAGACAUCUGUGGCUGGUCACAACGGAGUCAGGUGUCCUGCACUUUUGCCUAUGGUAGUUCCCUGGACAGGCCUUUGCUCAUUCGAUCCCCAACAAAGUGCCUAGUCCUGAGCUUGUUACACAGAGUGAAGACAGACAGAGCCUGCCCUGGCCUGCCGUACCCGGCUGGUAACCUAACUGGAAAGACAAGAAGCAGCUUGUAUGGCACCCAUGCGAAGGACCAAAGCACAUGGAUUAUGGCUCUGACAUCCAGAGAGAUCAGAGGGAAAGGGAGGGAGGGGGGAGGGUAGCCCCCAAGAAGGGGUUACUGCAGUGGAUCCAAGUGGCCCCACCUUCCUGUUGUCAGGCCAGGAGGGGAGAGCAUGGGGCAGAGCAGUUUGCUUUCCCUGUGGGUCUGCUCCUGAUGACUCCUGGCCUCAUCCUCCAGCUCCAUCCUGCAUGUUUGAGAAGCUGGGCUUAGGGCAGCAUGUGGGAGAGCCCUACUGUUCUGUGCUUACUAGAGGCUUGGGAGCCUCCAACAAAUAAAUGUGGUGUUGAUGGCAUGGCAUGAAGAAGUACAGCUGGCUG